AACCGAUGAACUCGGUGACCAUGAUGUCCUGCAAGCAUUGGCCAUCUCCGAUGGAUGAACCUGCUGUCGGCGUUGUUUUUGUCAUCGCACGCUGAUCCGCCCCUGGUAUCUGCGCUUCCUCCAGGAAGCCAGACCGCUGUUGCUCCCAUGUCGCAGGUGGAAAGUCUCGCUUUCUUCGAUGUAUUGCCAACCAGAUUGACCCGGUCGGAUGGAUACGGGAGUGCGUCCUCCCCCGUUGCAAAACUUUACAGGCACGUCGAAUUCGCAGGUUCUUGGUCGCCAAGAUCCGCCUGUUGCCGUCCAUGCAGUGCUUCAUCCUCGCUCUUUCGCAGUCGAUGCCUACUCAAUCCGCCGGCUUUUCUGCUAUUCCUCUGCUUCCGAUUGGCGCACUGUUGCCUUCGUGUUGUUCUCCUUGCAUCCAUCUGCUGUAUCCUUCGCCAGUUCAGGCACAGCGUUCUGUUGUCUCCCUCAUCAUCCCAGAAUGUGGACCCUCUAUAGGGACUGCAUUAGAGCUAUGUGCUCGUGUACUGGUGUGCAUGAGACUCCAGCCCCACGGGGCGGAGAGAACGACGCUGGUGCUGGUCCUGGCAAGAUGUAGCAAGUUGCGAGCUGAACCGCGAUCUCGCGUGCAUGGUGUGUUGGGGAACAUGGUCGGGGGUAUGGUAGUUGGGAGGUCGGUGCAGCAUCAGGCUUCGUAUAAAAAGACGAGGCUCUGGACCGCAUUGGAUUGUGCACUGGCGAUGAGCCACCGGAAUACCUCCUUUUGGAGCUGCAUUUCACGUUCUUGCAAAGCUGGCAGCUGCUCCUCUGGCAUCGGUGUGCACUGGGACGAUGGUAUCAUUGUUGAAAGGAGGAACUGACUGCUGGAAACGGCGGUCAAAGUACACUAGGCACGAGACUGGGUCCAAAACCGAUCUGGACGCAGCAAACGGAAGGGGAAGCUAUGACUUCGAAAGUGGACUCAAGCGAUGCGAUGACCUGAAUGACGCACCGCCUGCCUUUUACGGGCGGUGACAGCGUGGUGAUAUCGGCUGCUUUGGCAGACUGGAUAUGCGCCCGUGUUGGAAGGAGAGGGCUUGACAGCCCGUUGACCCUUCCUGGACAUCAUUACUAAUUUUUUC